GAUUCUGUUUGGCAAGGCUGGAAGCAUGAAAGAUCUUCGUGAAAGAUCAGCAGACGAAAAUUCACGUCGACGCGUCAAAUGCAUCAACAUGAAAUCAUCAUUGCUCUUCCGACUGUUUCGGAUUCGGCCUCUUUUUUACCAAGUGACGAGACUUUCUAGCCGCGUCACUCACGCUAACUCUUUUGCUUUGAGGAGCCACACAUGCGGCGAGCUGCGAAAGUCGGAUGUCGGUCGAAAAGUGAAACUUAGCGGAUGGGUCCAAUUUCAGCGACUCAACAAGUUCGUGUUGCUGCGCGACGCGUAUGGCGUAACGCAAUUGAUGGUGCCUGAUGAGAGGUUGGAUUUGCUGAACAAAGUACAGGAUAUUCCUCUAGAGUCAGUUAUUUCUGCUGAAGGGAAAGUUUCUGCGAGACCCCCAGGGCAAGCAAAUGCUAAACAAUCUACAGGAGAGAUUGAAGUGGUCGUGGAGGACUUUCAAGUGCUCUCGAGUUCCACCCCAAACCUGCCUUUUACAAUCCAAGAAUCACCAAAGGUAAAAGAAUCAUUACGAUUAGAACACAGAUAUUUGCAGCUGAGGCAUGAGUCUAUGCAAAGAAAUAUCAGACUGCGAUCAGAAAUUGCAAUGAAAAUGAGAGAAUUUUUAAUCAGAAGUCAUGGUUUUGUGGACAUCGAGACACCAACGUUGUUUAGACGAACCCCUGGGGGUGCUCAAGAAUUUGUAGUCCCUACCCGAAUGCCUGGCAAAUUUUACUCUCUAGUCCAAAGUCCCCAACAGUUUAAGCAGCUAUUGAUGGUAGGCGGAUUUGAUCGUUAUUUCCAGAUCGCUCGGUGCUACCGAGAUGAAGGAACUAAACCCAAUCGCCAACCAGAAUUCACACAGGUUGACAUUGAAAUGUCUUUUACAACAAAAGAAAACAUUCAAAGAUUAAUCGAAGGACUGUUGAAUCAUGUUUGGCCCGAAGACAUGGGUAACAUACCAAUUCCGUUUCCUGAAAUGAGCUACAAGGACGCCAUGGAGAAUUACGGAGUAGACAAACCUGACACACGCUUCGGCAAUUUGCUUCAAGACAUAACGGACCUCACCAAGGCCAGUGAAAUGUCUCGCAUAUUCAAAAGUUCCCAGAUUGCGGAUUUCACUGCAAUCGCCAUAGUUUUCAAGAGCUCUGUGGCUUUGAUUUCGAAAACUGCCGAAGAAUCCUUACUCACUUCGGCAAAAAUGGCCACUAACAAAACGCAGCUGUCUUUUGUUCUCAUCAGAAUGGAAGACGGGGGCAAAUGGAAAUCAUCAUUGGCCAAAAAACUAACUCAAGAAACAAUGAACUCCAUUGGCGAUCGUUUAGGUGCGUCUGCAGGCGAUACUAUUUUACUUGGCCUUGGACCUAGAGAAAGCUUGGUACCGUCUAUGGGCAAGAUACGAUUAGAGAUGGCCAGUCACCUUGAGACGCAAGGCGUAAAGUUACGCUCAAACAGCAACAACUUUCUAUGGGUGGUGGAUUUCCCCUUGUUUUUGCCAUCGGAAGAGGUAGACGGGGGCCCAUUACAGUCGACCCACCAUCCAUUUACGGCACCACACCCUGACGAUGAACAUCUCCUGCGAUCCUCACCAUUAGACGUACGUGGAUUGCACUACGAUUUGGUACUAAAUGGAUCAGAAAUUGGCGGUGGUUCCAUUCGCAUCCACCAGUCAGAAUUACAAGAGUACAUUUUAAAAGAAAUCCUUCAAGAGGAUCCGACCAACUUGCAUCAUUUGCUCAAAGCUCUGCAAUGUGGCGCCCCUCCACACGGAGGGAUCGCCCUUGGUUUAGAUCGACUCAUGUCAAUUUUAUGCGAUACGAACAGCAUUCGCGAUGUUAUCGCCUUUCCAAAGAGUCUUGGUGGGAAAGAUUUAAUGUCUGGUGCACCUUCAUCGAUCUCACAGAAAGAAAAAGAAAUGUACCACAUUGGAACUGUUAAUAAUAACCGAAGCGGACGAGGCUGUUAGGUGAUUUAUAGGAAAGAUUGUAUAGCAUCCAGAAUACUGGUCGUUCGAUUGACGACAUGAUGAAAAACUAUGUUAUCUAGUCGAAUUUUAAGGUCAAGUUAAUGCCUCACAGUCUGUUAAUUGAAUAGACUUGCUGAUAGUCUACUACUAACGAGAAAUCAUAUGGAUAAUCAAAACCGGUGUGUGAAGAAGAAAGAGCGCAUCAUCAACUCUUAAGUUUAUUUUUAAGUUGUUCUUUUGCAUAAAACCAUUAAUUAAGUACAGCAAAGGUGUAUUCAAUACUUUAGAUUGUUUAAAUUAAAGUGGUACUUUUGAAAUGGAUAAAACUGCAUAGGUUAAGCAGCCGUCCCCGCAAAUUCAGUUUGUAAACGCUGGCUAACGAGGACGACACCUCGUGAUUAGUCGAUGCGUGGUGCUGAUCUGCUUGUAUAAAUGGGGAGGCAUCCGCCCUGGAAAUGUUUUAUUGACGACUGGUAUCCCAGGAGCAUCUCAAUGCUCCCGUUGCUGUAGCACUGCGCACCGCAAUGUUCAUGAACUUGCUUUCCGUCAGAGGCGUAGUCGCUGUUGCAGUGAUUGGAGCGCUUUGC